UUCGACCUCGAGCUUUCUUCGUUGUCAACAUUCGACUACUUCCAAAUUAUCUCAAGGUACAUGCUUCUACGCCGGUGUUGGACGCACCGCAUUUCUGUUGCGCCCGCCGGUAUACGUGCUCGCUGCUACAGCUCUGCUCACCAUCAUGGUAUAACACUUGAUCAACCCGUCCAAUCCUACAUAUCUCGGAGUUCGGAUCCCUAUAUCAACCUCUCGAUUGAGCACUAUCUGCUCCAAAAAUCACAUCCAGACUCUUCGAUAUUAUUCCUUUAUGUCAACCGACCCAGCGUCAUCAUUGGACGGAACCAAAACCCAUGGCUGGAAGUAAAUCUUGGUCUCCUCAAUGCCGCACAAACGGAUGCCGGUUCACCUUCUAGGAUUGAGAACGAACCUCCAGGCUUGGGAGAUGUGGAUCUGGUACGCAGACGCAGCGGUGGCGGUACCGUGUUCCACGACGGUGGGAACGUGAACUGGACAGUGAUUUCUCCAGCCGCCACCUUCACCCGCGACAAACAUGCCGAAAUGGUAACACGAGCUCUACGAUCGUGCGAUGUUUCUAGAUCUCGUGUCAACGAACGGCAUGACAUCGUCUUGGACCAAGGAACUUCUGACUUUUCUGGUGCUUGGGGACCUGACGAGGAUACGCACGCUACACCAUGGCAGAGCUCGAGCAUUCGUCCCUUGAAAGUGUCAGGGUCGGCUUAUAAACUUACUAGGGCGAGGGCAUUGCAUCAUGGAACUGCUUUGCUGAAUAGUCCGAACUUGCACGUUAUCCCUUCUUAUUUGCGCAGUCCGGCUAAGCAGUAUAUCAAGGGUAGAAGUGUGGAUAGCGUCAGCUCACCUGUGGGUAACAUUCUGCUGAACAACGAUGAGUUUAUCGAAAAUGUGCAGAGAGAGUACAGAGAGAUGUACUCAGGUGCUGGAAAGGCAGUUGAGCUGGGAGACGAGUGUAUCGAGAUGGAAGAGGUCAAGAAGGGACAUGCCGAGUUGAGCUUCCGCCUGGAUGUGCGUUACGGAGCCGUUACUGGAUGCCAACUCAAGACAAAAGACAGUACAACUGCGCAAAGCGAGCGUCUCGCCCACCUGCUGGAGAAGAAGCAUCUUCACCAGAUCACAGAUUGGGAAGCGCUGUUUAAGGAAGCUGCGUCAGAGUCAGCUGAAGCAAAGGCAAUGGCAAAGUGGGUGCAGAGUAUGCUCAGCAUACCUCACUAA